GAUUGGAGCUCACAGCAAAUAAGAGAGGGCGAGCUUAAAGGUUCUGAACGCAAAUGUUAUUUUAGUGAGAAGAGUCAAGUCGCAGAAGAUAGCACGAAAUGCAACUGCUGGCUUUUGCUGUAAAAUUAUGGCUCGGGGGUAUUUUCGUUUUCAUAACAUUGGAAAAAAUCGAGGCCAGAACCCGCUGUUUCCUGAAAAUGGAUGCCGGAUCGUGCAGGGCCGCAUGGCCCAGGUGGUUCUACAAUUACACUGCAGGCAAAUGCCAGAGCUUUAUUUAUGGUGGUUGCAAGGGCAAUCAAAACAACUUCCAGACUAAACCGAAAUGCGAGCAAUAUUGUCAAGGUAAUCAUAUUCAAGAGAACCUUCAACCAUCUGAGGUUUGCUCUCAGAGAAAAGUUGUGGGGAAGUGCAGAGCGGCUUUCACAAGGUGGUACUUUAGUAUGGUGAAAGGUGCGUGCGAACAGUUCGUUUACGGUGGCUGUGGUGCCAAUCAGAACAACUUUCACAGCCAGACAGAAUGUGAAGCCUUUUGCCAGGAGUUCCUAAAGGAUCGCUGUAGGCAGCCAAUUAUCCCGGCUUCGGAGAAGCCAUGCAAACACGAAGUCAAAGAAUACAGGUUUGGCUACAACCAAAGGACAGAAAAAUGCGAAAAAUUUCUUUCAUCCACCUGCAAGGAAAACAAGAACAACUUCGUAACCAGGAAGAAAUGCCUCGAAAUUUGUGCGAAACAAUCUCCUUGCUUGCGCAGAACGAAGUACCACAGGUCGAGGUGGUACGAAUCAUAUUUCUACAACGCCGACGACGAUAAGUGUCUUAAAACAACGACAUUUCUUCCAAAAAAGAACCUCUGGCCGAGAGACAAUCGGUUCGCAAAAUUGAACGAGUGCUUAAAGGAAUGCAUGCCAAAUUAUACAGCGCCUCUGAAAGCCACAAAGAAGCCGGCAAUUCCUCUUGUCGUUCUGGAGUAACCAAACCAAGUAUUUUUCUGGUGAGAUUAUAUGUGCUGAGAUAAUCAAAUCUGCAUACACAAAGCCGGCAGUCUGUACAAAGUGUUUAGUGUAAGUCUAACACACAUAAAUAUCAACG